AUGAGUGGAAUGCUGCUGCUGCGGCUGUGUAAAGUUGCGAGCUGUAGUGCUGGCUUUGGCUUCACUUUGGCUUUUGCCAUCGGUUUGCUGCCUGCUUGCCCAAAGCGGCCACAGCGAGAAAUAAGCUUGGGAGUGCAAUUGCUCCACGAGUUUGGCGCUGUCACUGCCUCCCCCUCACCCUUGAACAUGCUUGCCAUCACCAUCAUUGCUGGCAGCUGUGGUCAGGAGACUCAUUUUUGGAUCUGUCACCUGACAAUGGGCAAGCAAGCAGUGCAGGCUACUCCUGUUAUUUAUUGGCCCACCAAAUGA